AUGCAGCGGAGGUCAAGAGGGGUCAACGCGGGGCUCCUGAUGCUCCUCUCUCAAGUCUUCCAUGUUGGGAUCAACAAUAUUACCCCCGUUACCCUGGCAACCUUGGCUGUCAACGUCUGGUUCUUCCUGAAUCCUUUGACGUCCCUGUACCAUUCCUGCCUCAUUGUGGAAAACUGUUACCACCAAAAUGACUGGCACCAUGCAGAUGACUGGUAUUUGUAUUUCAACAUGGUGUCCGUGCUCUGGAAAGGAAUAAAGCUGGAGAGAAGAUUGGAAAGUAGAUGGUUUGCCUACCUCAUCCCUACAUUCUCCCUACUCACGGGGGUGGUGUAUUUACUCCUCCAGUUCGCCGUUCCUGAAUUCAUGAAUCAGCCUGACCUCAGAAGGAACUGUGCUGUUGGUUUCUCAGGAGUUUUGUUAGUCUUGAAAGUUCUUAACAACCAUUACUGUCCCGGAGGCUUUGUCAACAUUUUGGGCUUUCCUGUCCCCAAAAUUGCUUGUUGGGCAGAGCUGGUGGCCAUUCACUUCUGCACUCCAGGGACUUCCUUUGCUGGGCAUCUGGCCGGCAUUCUCGUUGGACUGAUGUACACAUGGGGGCCUCUGAAGAAAAUAAUGGAAACGUAGGCAUUUUUUCCCUCCAGUGUUGAGUAUCCAAGACAGCAAUACCAUUUUAACGGUGCAGGCCCCUCUGGAUAUCAGAAUCACUACCGAGAUGGCAAAGCAGGGGCCUAUGGAGAAACUCAUAGGAACUAUGAUGUCUACACAGCAGGACUAAGCGAGGAGGAACAGCUGGAAAGAACACUGAGAGACAGCCUCCAGGACCAAGGAAAUACCAGAAAUGGUCCAGCACCAUAUGGGUUCCGUCUCACCGCAGAAGAAAUGAGGAGACAGCGUCUUCAUAGAUUUGAUGGCCAGUGGCGCCAUGCAUGGGAAGCCAUGGUCCAGCUGUGUGAUCAUAGCCCCUUCAGUUUACUCCCCAAGCUCCUGAUUGGUUUUCAACAAAAACAGAGCACACCAUUGUUGUUGCAGAUAACUCAUGCCUGCCAUGAAAAGUCACUCCACGGCCCCUGUGUGUUCAGACUCACAAGCCCAGUUGACAUGUCUGGAAACCAGGCUUGA